AUGAGUUAUGGGAUUAGCAAACUAACAUCAGUUGAGAGUGAGUACUUACAAAAGAGCGGAAAGAAAAGAAGACAGAAAACCUUAACAGAUAAGGAAAUUUCUUAUGAUUAUCAAGUAAAUGAUACAAGAAUUAUAGAUCAAGUAAAUAUAUCAAUUGGAGUUAACGAUGCUGUAGAGAAGACAUAUAAUAACCUUAGAGAAGAGGAGCAGAGAGAACAGUACAGGGUUGUGAAAGAUUCUAAUGUUGUAGAAGAUUCUAAUGGUAUAGAAGAUUCUAAAAGUGUAGAAGAUUCAAAAAGUGUAGAAGAUGCUAAUUGUGUAAAAUAUUCUAAUUAUGUAAAAAAUUCUAGUUGUACAAACGAUUCUAAUUGUGAAGAAGGCAUAAAAGAGGAAAACUCGGAAGAGGACUACGACACAUUAGAAGUUAUUAGACAACUGAGUUCUAUCCAAAUAGAAUCAGAUGAUGAAAAUUGUAAUAAGGAUAAAAUAGCUCAUAAUAAGAAAGAAAAUAUUAAUUCCAAAAAAGAGAAAAAAGAAAAAAAAAAAAAGAAAAAAAGAAAAAAAAAGAGAGGAAAAAAUAAUUUGUCUCUUAUUUAUGACACUUCCGAUGUAGAAUGUGUUGAAGAUGCAGUCGUAUAUGAUGAAUCGAAGGACACGGAAUUUCCUGACCUGCAAGAAUUAUUUUCAGAGUAUAAUGAGAAAUAUUUUUUUAGCAAAUUAAAAUCAGUACAAGUGAAAUGGAGCAAUAAAAUGAAGUUGUGCGCAGGGAUAUGUAUAUUUAAGAAAUCGGGUUACUGCUGCAUUCGGUUAUCACUUCCCCUUCUGAAGCUAAGAAAAAUAAAGGAAUACAGAGAGACGUUACUUCAUGAAAUGAUUCAUGCGUUUUUAUUUUUAACAAGACAUAACUCUAGACACGAUGGACAUGGACCUGAAUUUAAAAAGCACAUGUACAGAAUAAAUAAAGCAACAGGACUAUGUAUUACGAUUUAUCAUAGUUUUCAUAACGAAGUCAACUUCUAUAGAAAUCAUGUCUGGAGGUGCACGGGGGUUUGCCGAACUUACCCUCCUCAUUUUGGGUAUGUCAAGAGAUCCAUGAACAGGCCCCCGGGACCAAAGGAAAAAUGGUGGAGAAGACACUCAUCGUACUGUUGUGGCAAUUUCGUCAAAAUUAAUGAAAUCGAGGAUGUUAAAAAUAAGGAGUUAGGAGAUCAGCAAAAGGGAAUUCAAGUCGUUGUUCCAUUCGAUAAUAAAUUAGAUAAAAUAAAGGAGAAAAAAAAAAAAAAAAAUGAAUUCUUUGAAAAAAGAGAUGACAAUAUGGAUAAGGAAGCAGUUAACGAUGCCAUAAUUAUAUUAGACUCAAAAGAAAGUUUUUCAGAAAAAAGAUUAGAUGAAGAUAAUUUAGACAUAAUUAACAUCAUUAAAAACUUAUUUAACGAUAACCAAGAUAAAAUAUUAUCAUUCCCUGAUAUUUCUAUUGAUUACCAUAAAGCAUUUGAAAGCAAAAAAUAUUUUGAAAUAGACUAA